AUCAUUGUAGAAGAGACGAGACGAGGAGGAUGUGGUUUUGCUUAGUUUCUCCGCCUCAGUGCGUGUUGUCGUCGAUUCAUCUUGCGCCCAUCUCCAGUCUGAGUCAUGGGCGUCGCCGUAGUGCUGCAAGUCUCCGAAUUUGCGCCACUGCUGACGAAGCUCCCCAGGAGGAGGUUCAAACCGAAGAAUCUCCGUCCUCUUCUUCGCCUUCUGCACUUGGUAAAGACUUGAAAAAGGUUGUAAACAAGACAGCAGCAACCUUUGCCCCUAGGGCCUCCACCGCCAGUAAAAACCCAGCUCUCCCUGGAACUACUCUUUACAAAGUUUUUGAGGUUCAAGGUUAUGCAUCCAUGUUGGCUGGAGGUGUCCUCUCUUUCAACCUCCUCUUUCCCUCCACCCAACCUGACUUAUGGAGGUUGAUGGGUAUGUGGUCCAUUUGGAUGUUCACUAUUCCUUCUCUUCGUGCACGAGACUGCCCUCCCAAAGAGAAAGAGGCUCUUAACUAUCUUUUUCUCCUCAUCCCUUUACUCAAUGUUGCUAUCCCCUUCUUCUGGAAGUCCUUUCCUCUUGUCUGGUCUGCUGAUACCCUUGCCUUCUUUGCUAUGUAUGCCUGGAAGCUUGGAUGGCUGGAAAGAACCGAGUAGAGGAUUCGAUUAGAGACUUCUCAAGAUUCUAUCUCUUCUCUUCCUUUAGAAUGAAUGAUCCUCCGUUCAGCUUCCAUGUAUAGCUUAUUGAAUGAAUAUUCAAGGUACGAAUGUGUACAUUGAUUGCUCUACAAUGAAAAGCCCCUUAAGUAUAAUAUUCAUAGACUUCUGAGA